AAAUUGAAAAUUGAUACAAAACCAAAUUAUUAUUUAUUACUUUUCGUAGUGUAAAAUAACUUUAUAAGUGUACAAUUAUACAAUACACUUACAGAAUGGCUGGCUACAGCAAUACGACUGAUUAUUCUUGGCAGCCUCCAAAUAACAGUCAAAGUUACUCAUUUGACACCUCAAAUAAUUUUGCAGAUCCUUCUCAAACACUCGGUAAAUAUUUAUUCAUAACAUAUAUAGUUGAAUUUUUGUGUAUUAAGACUCGAACUAAUAGACAAGACCGCUGCGCUGAGUACAUUUCAAAUGAAAUUUAAAUUAUUCUUAACUUUUUGUAAGAACACACAUACUUAAGUAUCGAAAAUAAUUUACAACCAAUGAUAUAGUUCCAAUUGUUGACUUUUACGGGAUGUUAAGGAAAGAUGCGUGCGUCAGUCAAGAAGUUGAGAAUGGUCUAAGUUUCUUUCUGUUGGUCUGAGUUUUAAGAUAUAUUGAAUAAAACUUCUUUUACUUGAAUUAAGGUGUAAAAGUAGUUUUAUUCCAUGUGUAGGGUUUGUGAAAAUACAAGAAAUAAUUUUAUGAUAUUUUUUGUCUACAGACUUUCAGACAUUUCCUCCAGAUCAAAACUUUUCCUACGAUCAGGCACAGUCUUCUUCGGCCUCUGCUAAUAACAACCAAUAUUACAAUCCAAGUAUAUUUACCCCUGCACCAAUACCAGGAGAAACAAAUACAACAACAACAGAAUUUGAUGAACCUCCACUAUUAGAUGAAUUGGAAAUAUACCCCGAUAGAAUAUUAGAAAAAACUUUAGCAGUACUCAAUCCAUUUCAUGGCCAUUCAAAGGCAGAUGAUGCAAACUUUUUAUUAAGAGAUACUGACAUUGCUGGUCCUAUUGCAUUUUGCUUAGCUUUAGCAGUAUGUCUUUUUCUUUCAGGUAAUAAAGCUCAUUUUGGUUAUGUUUAUGGCCUUUCUGUAAUGUCUGUUAUCCUAAUGUAUUGUCUACUAUCUCUUAUGAGUCGUAGUGAGGGAGUUUUUACUAUUUUAAGUGUUGCAAGUGUCUUAGGAUAUUGUAUGUUACCUAUGGUUGUUCUUGCUGGCUUGGGAAUAUUUUUAUCACUACAAGGCACAGUAGGACUAAGUUUGUCUGCUAUUGCUGUAAUCUGGUCUGCACUUUCAGCAAGCCGAUUAUUUGUAACAAUGUCAGGUGAUGCAGAGCAAAGGCCCCUUAUAGCAUAUCCAUGUGCAUUGGUCAAUGGAGUUUUUGCUUUGUUGGUGUUAUUUUAAACAUAUGGUAGGGACCAUUUUGGACAAUUGUAACUGUUAAUUGCAAAUAAUGUGGCCAUUAAUAAACUUGUCAAAGAGUUAUUUAACCAGUAAUCACUUAUUUGUACUAAGAAAACAUUUAAUUUUUAUUUCUGUGAUGUUAUUAUUAUAUAAUAACAUUACUGAAAUAAAAACUCAAUACUAGACUUUUAACUUAUGUUCAUCAGGAACAAAAACUAACAAGUGUCAAAGGAAAUUUUAAAGUACACACAUUAUUAAAAUAAGAAAAUAAAAUUUCUUUCAUUUAACUGUUUAUGUCAAUAUUUGGUAUAUUAAAUAAAAUAUAUAAUGAUAUUAAAUGUUAUUUCUUUUUGUUCAUACUACAUAGUGUUGUCACUUUAUAUUGGAUAUAUUAUUAUUUAGCCUAGAGAUGGUAAUAUAAGACAACCAUCCAUCUAUCACCACACAACCAUUUCAUCCUGUGGGUGUCAUAUGAGGUAACUAUCAUAAUCAGAAAAAUGUCAUUUAUACCAAACAUAAAAUACUCAGACCGGUGACAAGCAGCACUGUCAAAAGUGUGAAAUGUGGUCAAUGCAACCUGCCUGCCAAGCAUGAGGAUUAAGAUAAACCCUCCCUACAACCAGAGAGACCCAUGUCCAGUAGUUGACUUUUAUACGAUGAUGAAGAAAAAGAAUGUUUAUCAAUCUUUGUUUCCAAUACAAAUUUUCACAGAGACUAUCUCCCAAGAUGAUCAAAAUUUCAUACAUAUGAACACAAAAUACUUAGAGUUAAAAUAUUCAGAUUUUAAUUUCUAACUUUUUGAGGAGUAGAAUGAUAACUUAAGCAAUAUAUUUGUGAUUGUGUCAGAUAGCUUUAAAAAGAUCUAUGACACUAUAUUUAAAAAAUGUAUUAUUUGUUGUUGUGUUUUAAAUAAUCUUUGUAGCAAAAAUUGCUAUUAAAUAAUUGUCGCUACCCAAUUUGAGGCUUGUAAGUCUGAGGUUUAAAUUUAGAAGAUAUGGGAAGUCCAACACACAGGAGCAGUGGACAUAACUGUCUCAGAAUUGAGAGGAGCCCUGUGCCUAGUCUGUAACUUUAAAAUUAUGAUUCAUUGGGCUGAUCAUGGUAAGGGGAGAAUUAGGGUCUUAGUAGCCAUUCCUUGGUCACCCGUAGAAAGAGGGUUGGUGGAUUUACAAAAGCUUUUCCCUUGCCAAUUGAUAUGAGGUGAAGGUGAAUCAUCAUUGUUUGAAUUACUAAUGGAUGCAAGUCGGUCAUAACUGUACAUGCUCCUGCAUGCCUGCAUUUCCCCAUGUACUUAACUGGUCAUUUGCAGUUUCUUAGAUGAAAUUCCAGCUGAAAUCAACAUUUGUGCAUAAACACAAACUGCAAAUUAUAUUGUGAUUUUCUGGAUUAAUGUAUCCCUGAAAAAGCUUCUGAAGCCAGUCCAAUGGCAUUAGUGUUACAUAGGACACAGGUAAGUUCAAAACUAGUAGGUAUCUUUGUGUGUAUACUUGUCAGGUUAUAGGUGUCCUGCUCUUAGUAACAUCUCAUUAAAGAACUAUCUACUCAACACAAUGCUGAUGUAUUUGGAUUAUCAGACCGCUAUUAUUUUUUGGUACAUAGUAAUCACUGAUUAUGGCAUUAGCAUUACUUGUACAAGUAUGUUGGCUCUGCCCUUCCAGCGAGGUUAGGAUGAUUUUUUUUAAAUUUUCCUAGUAAUGCCAACUGGGGCAUUCAUGGAAUGGCUUAUGGACCAGCUACGGACUUAAAAAGGCUGUUGAUGUGUUUUAUAAUUACUUUUAAAAACUUAGAAUAUGAUUGGUCGUAUUAAAUGAAGUGAAAAUUAACUAUAAUAGCUCUUAUAAUUCCACCCUUUCACCGCCAUCGCCGUAAUAUUACGAAUCUUAAGGUGAAUACUGUCAGCACCACACGCGUAAUAUUCCGAAAUGCUCAUGUUACUAGAAAAACUGCAAGGUUAAUUGGAUAUUGCUAUUAAAUUUAAUAUAUUUAAUUAAUUGUGGGCAGUUGUAGAUACCAAUGUC